UAUUCUUCCAGGCACAUCCAAAGCCCAGAGCUCUUCCGGGUGCAGCUUCGUGAGCAGCAUUUAUACUACGAGGACCAACUCCUGCCUGUGAACCGGAUCAUUGUGCACCCCAACUACUACUCAGUUGAGACUGGGGCAGACAUUGCUCUGCUGGAGCUCAAGGACGCUGUGAAUGUCUCCACCCAUGUCAACCCCAUAUCCCUGCCUCCUGCCGCGGAGACCUUCCCCUCAGGGACAUCAUGCUGGGUGACAGGCUGGGGUGACAUUAAUAAUGCUGAGCCCCUCCCGCCGCCCUAUCCCCUGAAGCAAGUGAAGGUGCCCAUUGUGGAAAACAGCCUCUGUGAUCAGAAAUACCACGCUGGCCUCUACACAGGGGACAACAUUCGCAUUGUCCGUGAUGACAUGCUGUGUGCUGGAAGUACUGGGAGGGACUCCUGCCAGGGUGACUCAGGGGGGCCGCUGGUCUGCAAAGUCAAGGGUGCCUGGCUGCAAGCAGGUGUGGUCAGCUGGGGUGAGGGCUGUGCACAGCCCAACCAUCCUGGCAUCUACACCCGGGUGACGUACUACUUGGGAUGGAUCCACCGCUACGUCCCUGAGAACUCCUGAGCUGCUUCCAGGUCAGAGGAGAACCAGGCCCUAUUGUCUUGAACUGGAUGCUUCCUGCCCAGGUGGAACCUCCACCUUCCUGUCCUUCUGCCUCCCCUGUCCCUCUGAGCCCCUGGCCACCCC